AUGGUAUAUAAGCAGUUGUAUAUGCGUGGAACACCACCAGAUUUAUCAAGGUGCAUUACAGGCCAGGACAUCGCAAUGGUCAUGAACGUCAGAACUAUUAAGCUGAACAACGGUGCGGACAUGCCCCUCGUGGGGCUCGGGUGCUGGAAGAUUCCGAACGAGGUCGCGGCCGAGCAGGUCUACGAGGCCAUCAAGCUGGGCUACCGGUUGCUGGACGGGGCGGAGGACUACGCCAACGAGCGCGAGGUGGGCCAGGGCAUCCGGCGCGCCAUCGACGAGGGGCUGGUGCGGCGCGAGGAGCUUUUCGUCGUGUCCAAGCUGUGGAACAACUACCACCGCCCUGAGGACGUGGGAAAGGCGCUGCAGCGCACGCUGAGCGACCUGGGGCUGGACUACCUGGACCUGUUCUACAUCCACUUCCCGCUGGCGUUCAAGUUCGUGCCCCUGGAGGAGCGCUACCCUGCCGGACUGUACACCGGCGCCGCCGAUGAGCAGGCCGGCCGCCUCGCACAGGAGCCCGUGCCGCUCAUCGAGACGUACCGCGCGCUCGAGCAGCUCGUGGACGAGGGGCGCAUCCGCGCGAUCGGGCUGUCGAACUUCCAGGGCUGCCUGGUACAGGACCUGCUGCGCGGGUGUCGCAUCCGCCCCGCCGCGCUGCAGAUCGAGCACCACCCCUACCUGACGCAGGAGCGCCUCGUGCAGUACGCCAAGAGCGAGGGCCUCGCCGUCGUCGGCUACUCGUCCCUCGGGCCGCAGUCCUUCCUCGAGCUCGGCAACACCGCGGCGCAGAACGCCGCGCCGCUGCUGCAGCACGAGGUUGUGUGCCGCAUCGCCGAGCGCCACACCGCCACGCCCGCAGAGGUGCUGCUGCGCUGGGCUACCCAGCGCGACAUCGCCGUGAUCCCCAAGUCCUCGCGCAAGGAGCGCCUCGCCACCAAUCUCCGUGUCGACGAGGCCCUCACGCUCGCUGACGACGAGCUGCGCGAGCUCUCGUCGCUCAACUGCGGCCUGCGCUUCAACGACCCCUGGGACUGGUCCGCCCAGCCACUGCCAACCUUUAUCUAG